UUGAUUUAUUACAGAACAAAUAAUAGCCUAAUGUCCAGUUCAAAAAAAUCUAAUACCAGUUCUAAUAACAAAGUUUUGUCUAAAGCUAACAAAAGAAAAUCUUCAGGAUUGCAAAAUCAAAAGUCAAAUGAUAAAAGUUCGAAUGGGUCACUUGCUUCAACAAAAGCUGUUGGUCAUAAAAUGCAGCACCAGUUAAGUUCUGUUGGUCAUAAAAUGCAGCACCAGUUAAGUUCUGAAGAACUAAAAGUACUCCGCCAUCAGGAGAGGGAACAAAGACAUCAAAUUGUAAUUUGGCGACAUCCAUUUAUCACCCUACAAUAUUUUUUUAUGGAGUUGGUAGAACUUCUACGCAAGGAAAAACAAAGUGUGCUGAUGCAUAAGAAAACCUGUGCUACUCUUUUUCUUGGAUCUCUACUUCUAAUAAUGGCUUAUUUACUGGAUGGUCCUCACCAGUUAUUUGUGGAAAAGUUUGAAAAGCAUUUUCUUUGGUGUGGCUAUUGGGUUGGUUUAGGAGUGCUUUCAUCAGUUGGGUUGGGUACUGGACUCCACACAUUUCUUCUUUAUUUGGGACCUCACAUUGCAAAAGUAACUUUAGCUGCAUGGGAAUGCAAUUCAUUAGAUUUUCCUGAGCCACCUUAUCCAAAUGACGUCAUUUGCCCAAGUACAAACAGUAUUUCAUCUGAAGUUGACAUGUUUACAAUUAUGGCAAAAGUCAGAUUAGAAUCUGUUAUGUGGGGAGCGGGAACUGCUAUUGGAGAGCUUCCACCAUUUUUUAUGGCACGCGCUGCACGAUUGUCUGGUGAGGAAGAUCCUGAUAAUGAGGACUUAGAGGAGCUUGAGGAUUUAAUAAGUAGUGAAGAUACAGGGCUUUUCACACGAUUAAAAAAAGCUGUACCAAAAAUAGUUGAAAAAGUUGGAUUUCUUGGAAUACUUGCAUUUGCUUCUAUUCCAAACCCGUUGUUUGACUUAGCUGGAAUUACAUGUGGGCACUGUUUGGUUCCAUUCUGGACCUUCUUUGGAGCAACAUUAAUAGGAAAAGCAGUGAUUAAAAUGCACAUACAGCAAACUUUUGUGAUACUUUGCUUCAGCAAAUCAUAUGUAGAGGCGACAUUAAAUUUAUUAGGCAAUAUACCUUAUAUCGGAGUGUACGUUCAGGCACCAUUUCAAAGAGCGGUUCAAGCUCAAAUUAGCAAACUGCACCAAUCGAAAGCGUCCAAUGCGGUUCAGGGAACCAAUAUUCUCGGUUUUAUCUUCGAAAAAUUAGUGACUUUUAUGAUUAUUUAUUUUAUUAUAUCGAUUAUAAACUCGAUGGCCCAAUCAAUGGCUAAAAGAAUAGAUGAAGCAAAAAGAAGUUCUAUCCAGGCCCUUAAAGCAAACAGCAAAAUCGAAUAAUUUAUAAUGUAUUGUAAUAUGUUUUUCUCCUCAUGUUGUAAUUUUAUUUCACUCAGAUUUUUAAAUAAUCUUAUUUUUAGUAGGAAAGGAAUUCUAUUGUUAGAUAUUUAUAAUUUGAAACCAA